CCGAACCAAGCAGGAAGCAGCCACUGCUUCUCUUCUCCCAACCUCUGUCUCCCCAUCGAUCAGGCUCGGCCGGUCAACCCAUGGAGCAGCAUUUCGCCGGCACCUUCCCGCCGGGAUCAUACCACCAGCACCGCUGCUACAACGCCGCCGCCGCUGCACCGUCGUCUGACUACGACACGAGCGACAUGGACGACAUGACCUUCCUCAGCACCCUCUUGGAGUUCACGGAUCAUGCCUCCUGCUCCGACCCCUCUCUCUCUUCAAGCUCGUCAUCCUCCGACAUGACGGGCGUCGGGGCUGCCGCGCCACAUGUGCCCGCGGGCAGCAGCUCGCCGAAGCGCCGCGGUCACCAUGCCCCCGCGGCCAUGCCCAUUGCCAAUGACUUCAUCGGGGUGCGCACGCGCCCGUGGGGCAAGUACGCGGCCGAGAUCCGGGACUCGACGCGGAACGGCGCCCGCGUGUGGCUCGGCACCUUCGGCAGCCCCGAGGCGGCCGCCAUGGCCUACGACCAGGCCGCCUUCUCCGCGCGCGGCGACGCGGCCGUGCUCAACUUCCCCGUCCAGCGCGUCCGGGAGUCGCUCCGCGCGCUCGCGCUCGGCGCCGUCGUGGGCUCGCCCGUGCUCGCGCUCAAGCGCCGCCACCGCAUGCGCAGGCGUUCGCCCAACAAGAGGCCCGUGAAGCAGCAGCGCCGGGUUGCCGCCGUGCAGGAGGCAGCCCGGUCUGCGACGACCGGUGCGGUGGUGCUGGAGGACCUCGGCGCCGAGUACCUGGAGGAGCUCCUCCGGGUGUCCGAGCCGCCCAUGGAUCAUUUCCACACAACGGCGACGGCGUCGUCCUGACACUGCAAGCUUGUCUGCUUGGAUUAGCAUAGCUCCCGUGGGCUCGUGCCAAAAUUAAUCGCAUGCUACUUCUCACUGUCUGAAGAAAAUGCAUGUGUAUACAGCGCAUGAGUAAAUUCGUGUACGCCAGGAAACAGCUUCCCUUC